AUGGAUUCGACAAAUGUAUAAGAAAUCUCUCUUGAUUACUUAUCAAAUACAUCAGUUGAAAAGGAGAGAGGGAUCUCAUAAACUGUUUAAGAUUAGCAUGAGUUUGAUAAUUUAAAUGAAAAUUUUUAAAAUCUUGAAAUAGUCUUAGAAAUAAAUGAUACUAUGAACGAAAUUUGGAACAUUAAAUUAGCGGAGAAGUUUGAAAAAUCAUUGUAGCAUUUCCGAGACUAUAAAAUCAUUAUUUAAUAAUUGAAUUUAUAUUUUAUAGGGAUUAUUGAGAAAACUAAGAUUUUUAUGUACUUAACAGUCGAUAAAUAAGUUAAGUAUACCGAGGAAAUUGCUGACUUUUUUUACUAUUUAUUAAUGAAGGAUGUUAAAAGAAUUUAGGCUAAACAUAUUAUAAAAUAUAUUGAAUAUUCAACUUAAAAGCCAAUCAAAGUAGAUGCAUUUUAAAUUUUUGCAGACAAAUGCAAUAUCAGUCUCUGUGGAUAUAAUUUAAACGACUACAAAACUAAGCCGGAGAAAAAUAGAUAAACAUAAUUUUCUUAUAAAUAACAAGAUAUUAUAUUGUUCUAAAACAAUACUAUCACCUUACUUGAUAUUUUAUACAGAAAUCAAUAUAUAGAGUUAGGAAUUGCAAUUGAUCUACUUAUGAUAGGGGAUUUUAAUAUUGAAGAAGUUGUUAAUGCAAAGGGUUAAUCGGUAGAAAAAUUUCAUCAAUCAUAUAUAUUUAGGAUUUAUUAACAAACAUUUCUGAAUAUGCACAAAACCCUUGAACUAAAAUCAAAAUGGUUUCAUAAAGGAACUUAAUUAUAAUUAGAUACAUUUCAUGGGUAAAAUGUUCACUUAGUAUCUUUACCAGAAGGUUCUGACAGGAGAUCAAAAUUGACUUAAAGAUUAAAUAUCGCUAAAAAAUAAAUUUUAAGUAAGGGAUAUUAUCAAAAAAAUAAUGAAUCAUUAUCUUUCUAUUCCUACCUUAAGAACCUUAAAGUGGAUUAGAUUAAAUAAUUCUUCAAAGGAUAUAAUCCUGAAUAAUGA